CAGGUAAAGGCUACAGAUGCUGAUGAUCCCACCUAUGGAAACAGUGCUAGAGUGGUUUACAGCAUUCUUCAGGGGCAACCAUAUUUCUCCAUUGAUCCGAAAACAGGUGUGAUAAGAACAGCUUUGCCAAAUAUGGACAGAGAAGUUAAAGAACAAUAUCAAGUUCUUAUCCAAGCCAAGGACAUGGGAGGACAACUGGGAGGAUUAGCUGGUACUACCACUGUAAACAUUACUCUCACAGAUGUCAAUGACAACCCACCCAGAUUUCCUAAGAGUAUCUUCCAUUUGAAAGUACCUGAAUCCUCACAUGUUGGUUCAGCUAUUGGAAGGAUCAGAGCUGUGGAUCCUGAUUUUGGGAAAAAUGCUGCAAUUGAGUACAACAUCGUUCCAGGAGAUGGAGGAAAUUUGUUUGAAAUCACAACAGAUGAGAACACCCAGGAAGGAGUGAUCAAACUGAAAAAGCCAUUAGACUUUGAAACAAAAAAGGCAUAUACCUUUAAAGUUGAGGCCUCCAAUCUCCACCUUGACCAUCGAUUCCACUCUGUGGGUCCAUUCAAAGACACCGCCACUGUGAAAAUAAAUGUGUUGGACAUGGAUGAGCCACCAGUUUUCAGCAAGCCUGUGUACACGAUGGAGGUCUAUGAGGAUACUCCUGUGGGGACCAUUAUCGGUGCAGUGACAGCACAAGACCUCGAUGCUGGCAGCAGUUCUGUAAGGUACUUCAUAGAUUGGAAGAAUGAUGGGAACAGCUACUUUACAAUAGAUGCUACUGAAGGAACCAUUGCUACCAAUGAAUUACUGGACAGAGAAAGCACAGCACAAUACAAUUUCUCUAUAAUUGCAAGUAAAGUUAGUAACCCACUAUUAACCAGCAAAGUCAACGUUAUAAUAAAUGUCCUGGAUGUCAAUGAGUUUCCUCCUGAAAUUUCCGUACCCUAUGAGACCUCUGUAUGUGAAAACGCCAAACCGGGACAGGUAAUACAGACUAUCACUGCAGUGGACAAAGAUUUGUCACCAGCUGGACAAAGGUUUUCCUUCAGACUGUCACCUGAGGCAUCCAACAAACCCAAUUUCACAGUGCAUGACUACAGAAACAAUACAGCUGGGAUCGAAACCAGGAGACAGGGUUACAGCAGAAGGCAACAAGAGCUGCAUCUUCUUCCAGUGGUGAUAGAAGACAGUAGUUACCCUGUGCAGAGCAGCACAAACACGAUGACUAUCCGGGUGUGCAGAUGUGAUGCUGACGGCAGCAUCCUGUCGUGCAACGUGGAAGCAAUCUUCUUACCAGUAGGGCUGAGCACAGGAGCGCUCAUCGCCAUCCUGCUGUGCAUUGUGAUACUGCUAGUCAUUGUGGUACUGUAUGUAGCACUCCGAAGACAGAAGAAAAAGGAUACCCUGAUGACCUCUAAAGAAGAUAUCAGAGAUAAUGUUAUCCAUUAUGAUGAUGAGGGAGGUGGAGAAGAGGACACCCAGGCUUUCGACAUAGGUGCCCUGAGGAAUCCUAAAGUGAUUGAAGAUAACAAAAUACGCAGAGACAUAAAACCAGAUACCUUGCACUUUCCACGGCAGAGACAACCAGCAGAAGAUAAUACAGACAUAAGAGAUUUCAUUAAUCAAAGGCUGCACGAAAAUGAUGUGGAUCCCACUGCACCCCCUUAUGACUCCUUGGCAACAUAUGCAUAUGAAGGAAAUGGAUCUGUUGCAGAAUCUCUCAGCUCUAUAGAUUCGCUUACUACAGAGGCAGACGAGGAUUAUGACUAUCUGAGUGACUGGGGACCUCGCUUUAAGAUUUUGGCAGACAUGUUUGGAGAAGAAGAAAGUUACAACCCUGACAAAGUCACUUAAGAAAAAAGACAA